UUAGUAUAAAGUAUUACCAAUCCAUCAAGGACAUAGGUACCUAACAAUAGUGUGAUCUACAAAUUAAAGUUAUAUUUAUUUUUAUAUUAUAUACAUAAACAAUAUUAUAUUAGCUAAAAGUACUGUGAUACAAAAUGUCUAAUCCCUGGAAAAAAAUGUCUUCACCUACGGAUGUACAAAACUUGUCGGAUAUAAUGUCUGAAGAAUAUGCAAAAGGAUUACAGGUUAAGGAAGAGGUUCGAUUUGCUGAACAAAUAUCUGAUCACAAUAUUGCAUCUGAUUCGAAAGAGUUUAGUCCAGAAAUUUUGAAACAAAUUGAAGAUUUAAACGUUAAGGAUUAUUGCGACUCAGAUUCAAUUAUUGCAAAAGUUUUGCAAUGUCAGUUCGACAAAGAAUAUGAUGACGAAUUAAAACUAGUUGAGAAGAAACGUAAUGGGGAAUCAAAGGUUUCUGUUUCGUAUGAAAACUACCGAACAGUUCCUGAGCAUCUUGUUUACGAUUCGGAUUCGGACAUCGAAGAUGUUGUCGAAAAAAAAGAUUGGGAUCGGUUUGAGACCAAUGAAAAGGAAUUUGCUAGUUUACCUAAGAGAGGCUUUGUUAUCAAAGAUGGAGCAAUGGUUACUAAACAUGAUAGUUUAAUAAAUGGAAGGAGGAAUGCUUGUAAAGUUAUGGCUUUUCCUCCAGAAAUUUGUACAGGGGAUGGUGCGGGAUUUGACAUGAAACUACCAAAUCAUGUGUUCAAUCAGCUUAAAGAACACACAAGGUGGAAUACAGCUCGUAAACAUAAAAUGUUAGAUAGAAAGGAAAGCCAAGCUACUGCCGAAAUGGGUCUUGAUGAGGCCACUAGACUUAUUUUAUUUAAACUCAUCAAUAAUGGUCUCUUAGAAGAUAUCAAUGGAGUUAUUUCUACUGGUAAAGAGUCUGUUGUUUUACAUGCCAAUAGUGACCCAACAUACCCAGAUAUGGUGCUUCCAAAAGAAUGUGCAAUAAAAGUUUUUAAAACAACAUUAAAUGAGUUUAAAACUCGUGACAAAUAUAUUGAGGCAGAUUACAGAUUUAAGGAUAGAUUCUCCAAACAAAAUCCUCGUAAAAUUGUGCACAUGUGGGCUGAAAAAGAGAUGCAUAACAUGAUGAGAAUCCAAAAAAUCGGAUUGAAUUGCCCAGUAAUGGUCUGUUUAAAAAAACACAUUCUUGUAAUGUCAUUUAUUGGUAAGGAUAAUAAGCCUGCUCCAAAAUUACGAGAUGUUGUAAUGAGCCUAGAUCAAUGGGAAAGUGUUUAUAAUGAGAUUGUUGAUGCAAUGCAUAAGUUGUACAAUGUUGGACAUUUGGUACAUGCAGAUUUGUCUGAAUACAAUAUCUUGUGGUGGGAUAAUAAAUGUUGGUUUAUUGAUGUCUCACAGUCUGUUCAACCUGAUCAUCCAAAUGGAUUGGAGUUUCUUCUCAGAGACUGCCGCAACAUUGUCAAUUUCUUUGAAAAGAAAGGUGUUACAAAUAUGAAGACAGUUGAUGAAUUAUUUAAAUACAUCACUGGAUUUGAUGAAGUUGAUGUAAAUAUGCUUGAAGGUGUUCACACUACAUUCAAUUCUCUUUCCUGCCGCUUUGAAGUUUCAUUGGAUGAUAACAGAAAUGUUAGCUAUCCAUUUGAAUAUUGCUGGCAGAAAGCAAGUGAAAAACCCAAAACUGAAAAAGAAAACAUUGAGAAUGAUGAUGAGUUUGAUGAAAUGUGGAUACAUUCCCAGAAAAAUAAAGCAAUGGAUGUAGCUUCUAAUUUUGGUAAUGAGAUAAAUGAGGAAGAAUCAGUUGUUGUUGACAAUAAUGUUAACUUUGGUAAUCAUGUCGAUAUUCCUAUUGAUAUAGGUAUAAGUAGUGGCACAUUUGAAAAGAAAUCUUAAGCCCUGCUAUACCACAUUGAAAGCAAAAUUUGAAAAAUGCAUGUUGCAUUAGAAUCAAAUCAUUAGAACACAAUGUAUUUAUUGGUGAAUUGAAAUAAAAAAACGACAUUUUAA